AUGUCCAAGCCAUCCAUCCUCUUCGUCCUCACCUCGCACAACAAGCUAGGCAGCCUCGACAAGCCCACAGGCUGGUACCUCCCCGAGCUCGCGCACCCCUACCACGUCCUGCGCAACAAGGCCAACAUCACCGUCGCCUCUCCCAAAGGCGGUGAAGCCCCGCUGGACCCCGCGUCCGUCGAGGCCGCCAAAGACGACGUCUCCGUCUCCUUCCUCCAAAAUGAUUCACAGGUCUGGAAGACAACCAAGAAGCUCAGCGACUUCAUCGGCAAGGCCAAGGACUUCGACGCCAUUUUCUACGUCGGCGGCCACGGCCCCAUGUUUGAUCUCGUCGAUGACCCCACGUCCCAGGCCUUGAUCCGCGAGUUCUGGGAGGCCGACAAGAUUGUUUCGGCUGUCUGCCAUGCACCUGCUGUGUUGAGGUUACGGCAUUUACCAACGCCGAGGAGGAGCAGGUUGGGUUGA